AUGACCGACGCAGCAGCGAAUCUAAGGGCAUUCAAGGCCACACGCAACGUUUACGAAAGGCAAGUGAGCUGUUGGGGAUCUUUCAAUGAAGCACAAGCAGCGAUCGAACAACUCGAGCCCGAGGAAGCUAACGAGCCGAUUCACCUCGCGGAAAGAAACACAUUCGAGAGCAGAUAUUUCGCAGUUACCGUUGAGCUGGAAACGUUGAUUGAGGAAAAGAGCGCAGCCGAAAGGGCAGCUCAAGCAGCCCGCCAAAUUAAUAUAACGACAGAUACAUCAAGUCAUAGAGAGGGCACGCCCACUUCGCAGGCAAGUACCAUUCCAAACGAACACUUAAAAUUACCGCGUGUUACGUUGCCUACUUUUUCAGGAAAGUUUGAGGAAUGGAUUCCCUUUAGAAAUAUGUUUACAAGCAUGAUCCAUGAAAAUACGACGCUGCCUAACGUACAAAAAAUGCAGUAUCUUUUGUCGGCUUUGACGCAUGAAGCCAAGGACAUUAUUAGUUCUCUGGAGGCAUCGGACGUGAAUUAUAGUGAGGCCUGGAAAAUGCUUAAGGACAGGUACAAUGACGACAGCUUAAUAAUACAGAAGCACGUCAAAGCAUUGUUCGAGCAGCCUAUGCUUACAAAGGAGAAUUAUUUCGAGUUACGGCAGUUAUUAGAUAAUAUGCUCAAACAUAUACGAGCACUCAAGGCAUUGAAGAGGCCGACACAUCAGUGGGACGAUCUCUUGAUCCAUCUAGUAACAAGUAGAAUGGAUCCCAUCACGAACAAGGAGUGGGAAACCACCAUCAAGAGAGGUGAAAUACCUACCUUCAAUCAAUUGACGGAGUUUCUGACACAACGAUGCCGAGCAUUGGAAGCGUCAUCUCGAAGUCAGCGGACUGCGCUCAAUAUGCAGAAGGUGAAUAAAUCAGACAAAAAUAAAGGCACAACGGCGCACGUGGCGACAACAAACAUCAUGUGUGCUUAUUGCGCAAAGGGAGACCAUCCUAUUUUCAAAUGCGCUAGUUACCUGGAUCUAAAGGUGGAUCAGCGUAUAAAGGAAGCGAAGUCUCGUAAGUUGUGUUUAAAUUGUCUCAAAGCAGCGUCUCACCAGGCGAAGCAAUGCACUUCGGGAUUCUGUCGAAAAUGCCAUAAACGACAUAACACGUUGCUCCAUUUGGAACAAACAACUACGCAGCCUGAAUCGGAUUCCAAGAAGACAUCUACGCCCCCGGAUAAAGAAGGCGUGAUAUCCACAACGGUGAAUCAUGCCUCUAUCGGACAAGCUAGACAGGUAAUUCUCGCGACGGCAGUAGUCAACGUCGUGGACGUAAGAGGCGCUUUGCGGCCGUGCCGAGCACUCUUGGAUAGUGGAUCGCAGUCGUGUUUCAUCACCUCUAAGUGUGUCAAGAAACUAGGUGUCAAGCAAUACGUCACAAACAUACCAAUCUUUGGCGUGGGCGAUUUGGCGACUCAGACACGUGGACUCGCAAAAGUGACAAUACAAUCAAGGAUCAACGGAUUCCAGGCUAAGCUUGAUUGCCUAAUAAUUGAGAAAAUAACACAAGAUCCAGUAAAUCGUCUUAACAUUCGCAACUUGCAGAUCCCGGACGGCAUUACAUUGGCGGACCCUGAAUUCGAUCGUCCAGCCGACGUGGAUAUAUUACUCGGUGCAGAAAUCUUCUUGGACUUACUGUGCAUCGGAAAGAUCAAGCUUUCAAAUUGUCAACCAGCUUGGCAGAAAACGCUGCUCGGUUGGGUGGUUUCUGGCAACUUUAUGGUUCACGACCAGCCAAGGAAUGCGACAAUAUGCAAUCUAUCCGUCAACGAGCAACUCAACUCAAGUCUCGCACGCUUUUGGCAGGUCGAGCGUGCGGAGCGACAAAACACGCGAACUCCUGAGGAGCGCAUCUGCGAGGGACAUUUCGCACAAACCUACAGGCGCAACUCUGAAGGUAGAUUCAUCGUAACCAUGCCCACUAGACCGGAGGUACUGCAGAAGUUAGGUGACUCAAAGGAUAUUGCCUUGAAGAGAUUCGUGACUUUGGAACGUAAGUUGAAUCGGGAUUCUGAGUUGAAGAGAGAGUAUACGGAAUUUAUACACAAGUACUUGGACUUACAUCACAUGAGAGAGCUUCAAUCGAACGCAACAUUGACUCACAACCCAAGUGUGCAGUAUUACUUACCACAUCAUUGCGUGAUAAAGGAGACGAGCGCGACCACAAGACUUAGAGUUGUUUUCGAUGCGUCUAGUCAAACCACAAGUGGAAUUUCAUUGAACGAUGCUUUACUGGUUGGUCCGGUCUUGCAGCAAGAAUUAUUCUGUAUACUACUUCGAUUUAGAAGCUUCGAGUAUGCCCUGACCGCUGACAUUGCUAAGAUGUACAGGCAGGUGCUGCUAAAUGAGGCUCAGAUCCCUCUACAACGUAUCUUAUGGCGAGAUCAACCAACAGAAGAAAUCAAGACUUACGAAUUGGUAACACUCACAUACGGAACCGCACCAGCUUCAUUCCUAGCCACCAAGGUCAUACAACAACUAGCGAAGAUGGAAGAGGAGCGAUUCCCCAUAGGAGCAAAGAUAGCAUGUCGUGACCUUUAUGUCGACGACUUAAUAACAGGAGCGAACUCAAUGGAAGAAGCGUUAGCGAUUCGUGCUCAGAUAACGGCAUUACUCAAGGGUGGAGGGUUUCCUGAGUCAUCCAUCAGCAAUACAAUACUGGAAUUGGACAAGGAUGGAACUGCUAAAACUCUAGGCAUCAAAUGGAAUCCGUCAAAAGAUGUGCUACAAUACACGAUUGGUGUGCAAGCACCUCAGACAAGCGCUUGCACCAAAAGAUCAAUGUUAUCUAGUAUCGCUCAGAUAUUUGAUCCACUUGGACUCGUGGGACCGGUGAUCGUGACCGCCAAAAUCAUGAUUCAGAAGCUCUGGAAACUUCAGAUUGAUUGGGACGAAUCGCUGCCCUCGGAGAUUUAUACAGAAUGGAUAGACUACGUCAUGAAGAUACAAGAGCUCAACGAAUUUAAAGUACAACGCAAGGCAUUCGUUUAUGGAAAAGACGUACAAUUCGAGCUUUACGGAUUUUGUGACGCAAGCGAACGAGCUUAUGCUUGUAUUUAUGUACGAAGCAUCGAUUCUCACGGAGGUAUUCAAAUGCAUUUACUCUGUUACAAAUCUCGCGUGGCUCCUGUCAGAGUGAUCACUAUUCCGAAAUUGGAGCUAUGUGGUGCUGAGUUACUUACAAGAUUGAUGGACAAGGUCAAACAUGCACUAGAGAUCGACAUAAAAAAAUGCUAUUAUUGGACGGAUUCUUCUAUAGUGCUGCAUUGGAUCAAAGCCACUAACAAGAAACUACCUGUUUUCGUGGCUCACAGAGUUGGCGAAAUACAGGAUCUAAGCGCGGUCGACAGUUGGAAUCACGUAGGAAGCAAGGAUAACCCAGCCGAUUUAGUGUCAAGAGGAGCACAUCCGAGAGAAUUGGCUGACUCUCAGCUUUGGUGGAGAGGUCCUUCUUGGCUGCAGGUAAACAUCAUCGUCCAGCAUCAUUCAGAGAUCGUGGACAUGGAGGAAAGUCAACUGAACGAAAACGAUACCUCGACGGUUCUGUCAAUGCCUAUUCAAGCAGACGUCGAUCCAUUCAGCAAGUUUUCUGAGUUCAAGAAGCUCAUUCGAGUCGCUGCGAUGUGCAUACGAUUUGCACGCUUCUGUGCGAAGAAAAACGAGAUUAAAGCUUCAGGUCCAUUGUCACCCGAAGAAAUAGAAUACGCUAGAAAGUGUAUAAUCAGGAGAGAGCAACGAACAGCGUUCUGUGAGGAGUUACGAGCGUUAAGAAAGGGCAUCGAGAUGUCACGUAAAAGUAGCGUGAGAGCAAUGAAUCCUUUUCUCGAUGAGGAUGACAUUUUGCGUGUCGGUGGCAGAUUGGAGCAUUCGGAACUUCAUCAGGACGCUAAGCAUCCUAUACUUUUACCUCAUCACUCAAGAUUAGCUAAAUUAAUUAUUCAGUAUGAGCAUAAGAAGAAUCUUCACGCUGGAGUUGAGGCGACACUCGCCGCAGUACGACUUCGAUAUUGGCCGAUCAGGGCGCGCGGAACGGUCAAAGGACUGCUACGUCAGUGCAUCACGUGUUUCAAGGCCCGACCACGAAUAUCGGAGCAAAUAAUGGGCAACCUCCCGACGCAUAGAGUUGCGACUGCGAGACCAUUCAGUUCUACUGGCGUAGACUUUUGUGGUCCUAUAUUCAUCCGCGAAGGAAGACGCAAGAAUAGCAAACAUAUUAAGGCCUACGUUGCAGUAUUAGUAUGUAUGGCCACGAAAGCUGUUCAUUUAGAGGUCGUAUCGGACCUGAGCACGGACGCCUUUCUUAACGCCUUUAAACGCUUCAUUAGUCGCAGAGGAAAACCAAGUCUCAGACAACGGCACGAACUUUGUCGGUGCCAAUCGGGAGCUGGAAGACCUCAGAAAGCUAUUCGCUCAAGAAGAUCAUCAACACAAGAUUAUUGACGCAACUUCCAGCGAAGGAAUAAGAUGGCAUUUUAUCCCUCCCCGAGCGCCACAUUUCGGUGGCUUGUGGGA